CAGUGUGGCGAGGCGGGCGGGCAGGCAGCUCGGCUCCGCUGCGCUCCGCUCCCGGCCCCGCCGCCAUGCCGCCACCCGGGCCCCGCCGAGCCGCCUCCAGCCGCCGCCUCCUCCUCCUCCUCUUCGUCCUCCCGCUGCUCCGCCGGGCGCUGGCCGCCGCAGGGCUGGAGUACAGCGAGGUGCUGCCCGACUCCUUCCCCUCGGCGGCGGCGGAGACCCUGCCCCACUUCCUGCUGGAGCCGCAGGACGCCUACAUCGUGAAGAACAAGCCCGUGGAGCUGGUGUGCCGCGCCAACCCCGCCACCCAGAUCUACUUCAAGUGCAACGGCGAGUGGGUCAACCAGAACGACCACCUCACCAAGGAGAGCCUGGAUGAGCUCACCGGGAUGCUGGUGAGGGAGGUGCAGAUCGAGGUGUCCCGGCAGCAGGUGGAGGAGCUCUUCGGCUUGGAAGAUUACUGGUGCCAGUGCGUGGCCUGGAGCUCCGCGGGCACCACCAAGAGCCGCCGGGCGUAUGUCCGCAUCGCCUACCUACGGAAGAACUUUGACCAGGAGCCGCUGGGCAAGGAGGUCCCACUGGAGCACGAGGUCCUGCUGCAGUGCCGCCCGCCUGAGGGGGUGCCCCAAGCUGAGGUGGAGUGGCUGAGGAACGAGGACGUCAUCGAUCCCACCCAGGACACCAACUUCCUGAUCACCAUCGAUCACAACCUCAUUAUCAAGCAGGCUCGCCUCCUGGACACUGCCAACUACACCUGCAUGGCCAAGAACAUCGUGGCCAAGCGCCGCAGCACCACGGCGGCCGUCAUCGUCUACGUGAACGGCGGCUGGUCCACCUGGUCCGAGUGGUCUCCGUGCAACAACCGCUGCGGGCGGGGCUGGCAGAAGCGCACCCGCACCUGCACCAACCCCGCGCCGCUCAACGGAGGCUCCUUCUGCGACGGGCAGCCCUUCCAGAAAAUCCCCUGCACCACCCUCUGCCCAGUGGACGGCGCCUGGACGGAGUGGAGCAAGUGGUCAGCCUGCAGCACGGAGUGCACACACUGGAGGAGCCGGGAGUGCUCUGCCCCCGCGCCCCGCAACGGCGGCAAGGACUGCAGCGGCCUCCUGCUCGACUCCAAGAACUGCACCGACGGCCUCUGCAUGCAGAAUAAAAGAGUUCUAAGUGAGCCCAAAAGCCACCUGCUGGAGGCCACGGGGGAUGUGGCCCUGUAUGCUGGGCUGGUGGUGGCCAUUUUUGUCUUCCUGGUGAUCCUGAUGGCUGUGGGGGUGGUGGUGUACCGGAGGAGGUGCCGGGAUUUCGACACGGACAUCACGGACUCCUCAGCCGCUCUCACCGGAGGCUUCCACCCUGUCAAUUUCAAGACCUCCCGGCACGACAACCCCCAGCUGCUGCACCCCUCGAUGCAGCCGGACCUGACGGCCAGCGCCGGGGUGUACCGUGGCCCCAUGUACGCCCUGCAGGACUCCUCUGACAAGAUCCCCAUGACCAACUCCCCCCUGCUCGACCCCCUCCCCAACCUCAAGAUCAAGGUCUACAACUCCUCCACCACCACCACCUCCUCCUCACCGGGGCUCCACGACGGCACAGAUCUGCUGGGGGGAGUCCCCGCGACCGGCACCUACCCCGGGGACGGCAGCAGGGAUGGUCACUUUGCCAACGUGAGGAACAAAGCCCUGGGCUCCCAGCACCUCCUCAGCCUGCCCCGGGAGCCUGGCAACAGUGCCAGCGGCACAUUUGGCUACCUGGGAGGAAGGCUCACCGUACCAGGCACUGGGGUGAGCCUGCUGGUGCCCCACGGGGCCAUCCCCCAGGGGAAGUUCUACGAGAUGUACCUGGUCCUCAACAAGGCAGAGAACGCCCUGCUGCCCUCGGAGGGCACGCAGACGGUGCUGAGCCCGGCGGUGACCUGCGGCCCCACCGGCCUCCUGCUCUGCCGCCCGGUGGUCCUCACCCUGCCUCACUGCGCCGACGUCGGCUCCUCGGACUGGAUCUACCAGCUGAAAACACAGUCCCACCAGGGCAACUGGGAGGAGGUUGUGACCCUGGAUGAGGAGACCCUCAACACUCCCUGCUACUGCCAGCUGGAAGCCAAGUCCUGCCACAUUCUGCUAGACCAGCUUGGCACCUACGUCUUUGUGGGAGAGUCCUACUCCAGGUCGGCCAUCAAGAGGCUCCAGCUGGCAAUCUUUGCACCUACCAUUUGCACCUCCCUGGAGUACAGCCUCAAGGUCUACUGCCUGGAGGACACACCAGAUGCUCUGAAGGAGGUGCUGGAGCUGGAGCGGACGCUGGGUGGGUACCUGCUGGAGGAGCCCAAGCCCCUGCCCUUCAAGGACAGCUACCACAACCUGCGUCUCUCCAUCCACGACAUCCCUCAUGCACUAUGGAGGAGCAAGCUGCUGGCCAAGUACCAGGAAAUCCCUUUCUACCACAUCUGGAGCGGCAGCCAGCGAGCUCUGCACUGCACCUUCACCUUAGAGAGGUACAGCCAGGCCUCCACCGAGCUCACCUGCAAGAUCUGCGUGCGGCAGGUGGAAGGGGAAGGGCAGAUCUUCCAGCUCCACAUCGCGCUGGGAGAGCACACCAGCACCUUUGACACCCUGCGCUCCCACCACAGCGGCAGCAGCGCCACCACCAGCACCGCCCAGGUGGGACCCUAUGCCUUCAAAAUCCCCCUCUCCAUCAGGCAGAAGAUCUGCAACAGCCUGGAUGCCCCCAACUCCAGAGGAAACGACUGGAGGCUUCUCGCCCAGAAGCUUUCCAUGGACCGGUAUCUGAAUUACUUUGCCACCAAAGCCAGCCCCACUGGGGUGCUCCUGGACUUAUGGGAAGCCCAGCACCAAGACGACGGCGAUCUCAACACCUUGGCCAGUGCCUUAGAAGAGAUGGGCAAGAGCGAGAUGCUGGUGGUCAUGGCCACGGAGGGAGACUGCUGAUGAUGCUCCUCACAACCAGGAGGAUAAAAAACUGUGGUGGGGCAAGGGUUGGAAGACCCUUCCCUGAUGGCAGGAAGCGGGGAGGCACAUCCAGCCCCGGGCAGCGGCUGAGCGAGGAAGGGCCGAGGCCAGCGCUCCUCCCUCCCUCCCCGCGUCACUGUCAGCCUUAGAGACCCAUCCUCAGCGUUUACAAAGCAAUUCAAGUGUUACACAGCAUUCCUCUUCCUC